AAGGCCCAGCAGCACUUCCCCUCCUCUCUAGAUGUGCAACCAUGUCUGGAACAGCAAAACUCAUUUCCCUCUUGAUCAUCACCAUCUUCGUUGUUCCGUCGCAUUCCUACACCGAUUCGUUCCUCUAUAAAGGCUGCUCUCAGCUGAAAUACGCCCCCGACUCGGCCUACGAGUGGAACGUCAACUCGCUCCUCACCUCGCUCGUCAACUCGGCCACCUACUCAUCCUACAACAAGUUCACCAUCGUGGGCUCGAGCCCACAGGACGUCGUCUACGGGCUCUUCCAGUGCCGGGGCGACCUGUCCAUGCCCGAGUGCGCCAAGUGCGUGGCCCGUGCCGUGAGCCAGGUCGGGUCCUUCUGCUCUCACUCAUGCGGCGGUGUGGUGCAGCUGCAGGGGUGCUACGUCAAGUACGACAAUGACACCUUCCUCGGGGUGGAGGACAAGACCGGGAUGAGGAAAUGGUGCGGGCCCUCGGACGGGUACGAUGCGGAGGCGAUGGGCCAGAGGGAUGCGGUCCUGGCAAGUCUCGCGAGCGCAGGGGGCCCUUACCGCGUGGGCAGGUCGGGGAAAGUCUUGGCCAUGACCCAGUGCGUGGGCGAUCUGAGCACGGGGCAGUGCCAGGAUUGUGUCGGGGAGGCGAUCGGGCAGCUGAAAGGCGUGUGCGGCGCGGCGGCAUACGGCGACAUGUUCCUGGGCAAGUGCUAUGCUAGGUACUCAACAAACGGGGCACAGUCGUUCUCCAAGGGGAAUGAUGGCGGGAAACCGAAGGACAGAGGCCCGAAGACGUUCGCGAUCAUCGUGGGCAUGCUAGGCGGAGUUGUGCUGCUCAUCAUUUUCCUCGCUUUCGUAAGGACGGUGUUUUCAAGAGGUAAAUAGCGAAGUUGGGAUAUUUGGGCAAGAUCCGCCAUCGUGUUCGACUCUAUUCCUGUCCGAGACGUUUGAGGAAAAGAAACGAAGAUGCAUUUGAUCAAACAAUUCAUUUGGAAAGGAUUCAAAAUAAGGCAAAGCUUCGAUUUGUAGUGCGCGUGAAGAUGUUGUAAUGCAAUUGAUUAAUUGCAAAAAUUUCCCAUUUUUACACUCGUUUGGUUUCACCUAACUUUUCCAUGACGAGGUAUUUUUCCUUCUUUACUUUGUAAGAAAUUCCCAUCCUGGCAUAAUUAUUUUCCGCUUAGCCCAAUUGAGAUGGUUUGGGGGAAAGGAGGA